AUGUUUAAAGUGGGAAGUGGGCUAAUGUUAGCUUCUGUAAGAUUAGCGCCAACAUACCGAUCCAUUUCACCCAUUUUCUUUCUGCGUUUUAAAUCAAGUUUACCAACGCACGGUAGUAAUAACGGUAAGAAAAAAACAUCACAGUUGAAAAAUGAUAACCAUUUACCUACAACAACGACGAGUUCCAAAAACCCGUUACCCUCCCCAAGUGAAUGGGAACGCUUGAAGUUGCAUAUCCCAGGAGAGCAAGUGCAAACAAAUACACUCAAAGAUAGAGUACCUAAAUUCCCACUAGGGAAAGAGAAUGUCCCCACGUUAUUACCUAGGCCUGGGGUACCGCAAGUUGGUAAACAGUAUACAUUUAAACAAGUUAUUAAGAUUUUGCAAAAUAAAAAACAACCAGAAUUGAUAUAUGAAAGUGAGCCGCAUAGACUAUAUUUCCUACUUUGCUUUUGUUGCUCGGUUGUGUUUGCAGUUUAUGGGUGUGUUUUAUUUGAAUGGGCAUUUUGGGUUUCAAAGAAAAACUACGAUGAGAAUGAGAAAGAAGAGGCUAACGAUGCUAUUAGAACGAGAGAUUAUUAUAUCUCUUUGGCAAAGUGCCUUGCGCCAUCUGCUAUCAUGUUGUGUGCCGCAUUCGGUGCGGCUAUAUUCCCUACGAGAAUGAUGAGAAGAAUGUGGUAUUUACCUGGUGUCAAAGAACAUAUUAGAUUCACAACGUAUCCUAUGUUUCCAGGAAGACCCACGCCGGUAUAUACUGUACCAUUGGCCAAUUUAUCCCGGCGGAAGACUGCAAGAGUCUGGACGGGCAAAGGAUUCUAUGGUACAGCAGAUAAGGGUUUUUUUUUCUUUGUAUUACGAGAAAAAACUUCCAAGAGAAGAGUAAAGAAUUGGAUAGUUGAUAGAAAGGGUUUUUUCUGGUCUGAUGGUAGGGUAUUUGAUUAUUUAUUUGGUAAAGAGACUUUAAGAGAAGCAGAAGCUGGGAUUCCUUAUGACCAGCAAUUUCGGAUUGUUAACAAGCAGUUAAAGGCAAAGAAACAGAAAUUAAGAGCAGAGCAUGGAUUGUUGUGGAAAUACAAAUUGGCAUGGCAGGAUUUCAGAAAGGAUAUUGGCGGUGCAAAGAGGAGUUUGAUAGGUAGUGGGAAGAGUGACAAAGAGACGAAGAAAUUGCCAAAGAACUAA